CACCCCCACCCUGGGGGUACCUUGAGCAUAACAGGAAAUUUCAAACAACAGGAAACCAAGAGAGGGCAAGGCAGCGGCUCCACCCUGCCCGGGGGCCAGCCACCCCGGGGCCUCAGUCUGCCCCGGGGGACCGCCAUGAAUGCCACGGGGUCCCCGGCCGAGGCCCCCGAGUCCUGCCAGCAGCUGGCGGCCAGCGGGCACAGCCGACUCAUCCUCCUGCACUACAAUCACUCGGGCCGGCUGGCGGGGCGGCCGGGGCCCGAGGACGGGGGCCUGGGGGUCCUUCGCGGGCUCUUCGUGGCCAUGAGCUGCCUGGUGGUGCUGGAGAACCUGCUGGUGCUGGUGGCCAUCGUGACCCACAUGCGGUCCCGCCGCUGGGUUUACUACUGCCUGGUCAACAUCACGCUGAGUGACCUGCUCACCGGCGUGGCCUACCUGGCCAACGUCCUGUUCUCGGGGGCGCACACCUUCCGCCUGGCGCCCGCCCACUGGUUCCUGCGGGAGGGCGUGCUGUUCAUGGCGCUGGCCGCCUCCACCUUCAGCCUGCUCUUCACCGCCGGCGAACGCUUCGCCACCAUGGUGCGCCCGGUGGCGGAGAGUGGGGCCACCAAGAAGGGCCGUGUCUGCGGCUUCAUCGGGCUGUGCUGGCUGCUGGCGGGGCUGCUGGGGCUGCUGCCCCUGCUCGGCUGGAACUGCGUGUGCGCCUUCCAGCGCUGCUCCAGCCUCCUCCCGCUCUACUCCAAGGCCUACAUCCUCUUCUGCGUGGUCAUCUUUGCCUUCAUCCUGGCCACCAUCACGCUGCUUUACGGGGCGAUCUUCCGGCUCGUGAGGGCCAACGGGCAGAAGGCCGCGCGCGCCCCGGCCCGCCGCAAGGCCCACCGGCUGCUCAAGACGGUGCUCAUGAUCCUGGUGGCCUUCGUGGUGUGCUGGGGCCCCCUCUUCGGCCUGCUGCUGGCCGACAUCUUCGGCUCCAACGUCUGGGCGCAGGAGUACCUGCGGGGCAUGGAUUGGAUCCUGGCGCUCGCCGUGCUCAACUCGGCCGUCAACCCGCUCAUCUACUCCUUCCGCAGCCGCGAGGUGUGCCGGGCCGUGGUGGCCUUCCUGUGCUGCGGCUGCCUCCGGCUGGGCCUGCGGGGGCCCGGCGACUGCCUGGCCCAGGCGGCCGAGGCGCACUCCGGGGCCUCCACCACCGACAGCUCGCUGAGGCCCAGAGACAGCUUUCGGGGUUCCCGGUCGCACAGCUUUCGGAUGCGCGAGCCCCUGUCCAGCGUCUCCAGCGUGCGGAGCGGCUGAGCCACAGCAGUGGGGGGGGGGCCCACGGUCCGGCCGCCGGGGCGUGCCCGGGGCUCAGCUGCAGAGAGGGUGGCCCAGGACGGGUGAGCCGCGGGCCUGAGGGGCGCGCAGGGGUGCAGCAGGCGGGCCCGGAUGGAGAGGAGGGGACAGAGCCGUCAGACAAGGCCCUGCGGACGCCACGGAAAGUCCUAGGAACUGGAGGUGACUCUUCAGUGGGACAGAGGGCGCCCCGGAGUGGGGGUGCGUGAGUUCCUGUACGUGCCUGGCUCCUGUGUGAUUCUAAGGCAGCCCCAGCCCCUCUCUGGGCCUCAGUGGGGCUCUCAGCCUGCAAGGGGCUGGCUGUGGGGUCGACGCCCUGGGAACAUGGAAGUUCCGUGACGGUCCGUGAUGUCACAGCCUCCCUCUUGUUCUCGCGUGCGCCCGGGCGUGACGGCACGGGGCUGUGGGUCUGCCGGCCGCAUGCACGGAGGUGUGCCCGUGCCCAGGGAGGGGCCAGGGCUCUGUGUGCUAUGGGGGCUGUGGUCGUGAGGGCGAGUGUGUGUGCGUGAGAGAGCGAGGCGGCGAGCAGGACGGGUCGUGCUCGGGAGCGUGUGCUGGCGUGUCCACGCGUGCACAGCAUCUCCCAUCUGAGGGCGUGUGUCACCCGACCGCUCUGCUGAAAAGCGUGUGUGUGAGUUUCGAGACCGCCGGGCGGGGGCCCCUGGUGACAGUUGACACCAGCCCCAUCCCGCUCACUUCCCCUUUCCCUGCCCUCGCUGUCACCUCUGGCCCCGAGGCCUCCUUCCCCCUGGGCUCUGGCCUCUGCGUCUUUUGGGGGGCCCCGUCGGGGGGGCCAGCAGAGGGAUGGCCGCCUGGCUCUCCUGGCCUCGGGGAGCCCCGCCUGUUCCUCUGGAAGGCCCUUGAGCACGCUGCCUCACUGUCCCCAUCUGCAAAAGGGGCUGAGGUCAGAGGGCACCCACGGCAGGAGGUCGCGGGCCACGCUCAGCGCUGCUGGUGAUGGACACGUCCUGCACCGUCGCCGUCCGCUACAGGAGCCCACGUGGCCACGGAGCGCUUGCUGAGCGGCCCGUGCGCGACCGAAGAACUGAACUUUGAAUGGUAUUUAAUUUGAAUUCGUUGGCAUUUAAAUAGCCCCCGGGGACUAUGGGACAGCGCGGGUGGACCCUCGACACGCGGCCACCUUCUGCUGGUUGAACGUCCUCUCGCCGUCCUCCGAGGGCCACGCCAGUGCUCGCGGCUUUUCGGCUCCGUCUGGCCGAGCUCCCUGGAGCGCCCUGCCUGAUGGCGCGGGACGGCCCUGCUCUGUGCCUCUGUUUCCCUCCGCACCACGGGGGACGCGGUGACGGACAUUGCGGCAGCCACGAGCCACGUGUGGCUACUGAAAAUGAAUUAAAAUGAAAUGAAAUGUCAAAAUGCGGCUUCUCGGGGUCUCCAUUGGCUGGAGCUGCCGGGUCCCGGGCAGCAGGCUGGGCGGCUUGAGCGACAGAAAUGGGUCGUCUCGCGGUCUGGAGGCUGGGGGUCCCGGAUCCAGGGGUCGGCGGGGCUGGGUCCUGCGGAGGCCAGGGGUCGGGAGGAGUCUGUCCCCUGCGCUCAGAGAUUCUGGGGGUCCUGGCCAUCCCUGGCGGUCCUUGGCUGUGGAUGCAUCGCCCCAUCUUAUCUCCACCUUCACGGUGGCUUCUCCCUGUGCGCACGUCUGUGUCCAAAUGUCCCCUUUUGAUAAGGACGCCGUAUUCCAGUGUGACAACUGAUGACAUCUGUAACCAGCCUGUUUCCUAAUAAGGUCCCCGUCUGAGGUCCUGGGACUUAGGGCUUCAACAUAUAAAUUUGAGAGAGAGCACAGUUCAGCCCGUGACAGUCACACUCGCCACAGGUCAAGCGCUCAGGAGUGACACGUGGCUCGAGGCUACUGUUUUGGGCCGUGUCGAUGCGGGACAUUGCCAUUAGCACGUAUCCGGUUGCCCCACUGCUCAUAUUUUCCUGACUCCCAUUCCCCGUGUGUUUAUCUGGGAUGGUGACAGGAGGGGGGUGGGGGAGGUCUUGGUGGAAUUAGGGGUGCGUGGAGCCUGGGCCACCCCAAAGCUCUAGCCUGCCUUCUGGGCCUGUGUGAGCUGCCCUGGUCGGUCCCUGCGCCCCACGGAGCAUCAUAUGCUUUGUUUUGACUGAGUGGAACGCAUUUACUUCUCCCUCCUACCACAGGGCCUUUGCACCAGCCUUUUUGUCCCCACCAAGGCCGCCUGCCUGGCACAUGCCUACCCUCAUUCUUUACUUGCCUACUGCCUGUCCAUCCUGUUGGUCUCAGCUUGAGCAUUGCCUCCUCCAGGAAGUCCCCUCUGAUUUCGCCUCCUCCUGAGGCCUCCUCCGGGCUCCCAUGGCUGCCUGUGUGUCCCCAUCACAGCUCCGAUCACCCCUGGUCAUGAGCCCAGCUCCUCCUCUGGACUGUGAGCUCCAGUGGUGGCGACUGUGGCCAUGUCCGGGUCACCGCUGUGUCCCCAGCACCCAGCACACAGCAGGUGCUCAGUGACCUGGGGCUCUGGGAGAAUUGGAGCCAGCAGCCUGCCUUCCGCGGAGCCCUGAAACCUCCUCCUCUCCUUCUUCCCCAGCCCAGCCCUCCUCCCUGACUGGACGACCCCAAGAAUCCCGACUUCUGCUCAUCAGGUGGCCCGGGGGUCUGUCACCUGUUAUGGUUCCCCAGCUCUGCACACGCCAGGGCCUCAGCCUGCUCACCUGUCACACGAGGCUACUGACAGCCCCGUCUUCCUGGGAUGUCGAUAAGGAGAGGCCUAUAAAGGGCCGCAAACUAUUGCGGGUUUGUUUUAAAAUGAAUAAUAAUAACAAGACUUAUAUAUCA